AUGAUUGGCCUCAAGGCCUGCCUCACGGCCCUGGCGGCGCACGGGGUCCUCAGAGGCGUCUCCGCCGCCCCGGGGUUCGCAUCGGCGCCACCCGACGAGUUCCUCCAGCCCGGCGUCGACAGGGCAAACUGUCUCGGCUUCCGCGAGGCCCUGCCGGGCGACACGUGCAUCUCCCUGGCCCUCGCCUCGGGCAUACCGCUGGAGCGCUUCCUCCAGAUCAACCCGCAGAUCGGGCGGGUCGAGGACUGCCCCGGCCGGCUGCUCGCGCACUUUUACUACUGCGUCUCGUCCAAGCUCGACGGCGACGCCUUCAGCUACGCCCACCUCGCGCCCCUCACCGACCCGGGCCUGCAGACCCUGCCGCCGCCCAGCGCCACCUCAGCAGCCGCCGCCGCCGCCCCGACCCGCACCCCGGCCUUCCGCGCCGGGAUCCUGCAGGUGCUGCCGACCGCCGCGCCCGAGGGGGCCAAGCCGCCGCCGGACCUGCAGUGCGACGACGUGGGGUCCGACGCCGUCCAGAACCAGUGCUACAAGACGGUGGCCAAGUACGGCCCCACGGCCCGCGCGCAGGUGUCCGAGUGGUGCCGGACCUUCCUCUGGUCCGAGGUCUCGGAGCUCCGGUUCGACCGCUGGGACCCGUUGCUGCAAAUCCCGGAAACGGCGGGCUGGCGCGGGCGCUCCGCCUGCAGCAGAAAGUACAACGGCUACCCGGCUGCCAUGAGCACCUUUUGCUGGUGCCUGCGCGAGAACAAGUAUCCCGCGCCCACCUGGGCCCUGAAGGGGAACCCCUGCGCGAGCCCCAAUCAAAAGGCCUGUGAUCCCCCUCCUUGA